ACGAAAAGUAUUUGUGAGAACUUAUGUUUUUGAGGAAGAUUAGUGUUUGCUAAAUUUACGUGGCAUGCAAUGUUUAAAAAAACUUAGGUUGCCAGACAGUAACAACGUUGGAAGAGGCACAUCGUUUUAUAGUAGAUUGUUUCAAAGCUGUAGGUGUUUCAGAAGAAUAUGCAGGGAUUGUAUCUGACAACUUAGUGGAGGCUGACUAUAGAGGGCAUUACAGUCAUGGGAUGAACCGUUUGGAGCUAUACAUCAAUGAUAUUCUGGGCGGAACAGUGGAUCCCAAGGCAGUAUGUUCCGUUGAAAAACAGACCGUAGCAACCGCGCUUGUGAACGGAAACAAUGGCUUAGGAGCUGUAGUUGGAAAAUUUUGCAUGGAUCUGGCCUUAGAAAAAGCCAGGGAAGCUGGAAUAGGCAUGGUCGUCGUUCACGAUUCCAACCAUUAUGGGAUUGCUGGAAUAUAUGCGCUACAAGCUGCCAAGAAAGGAUUUAUGGGGUUAAGCUUCACCAAUACCUCGCCUUGCAUGGUUCCCACAAGAGCAAAGGAUGCUGCCCUAGGAACAAAUCCACUUUCUUUCGCUGCUCCUGGAUUAAAUGGAGAUAGUUUCGUACUGGAUAUGGCUACUACCUGCGUGGCUAUGGGAAAGAUUGAGAUACAAGAGAGAAAGGGCCACCCAAUACCCGAAGGGUGGGCUCUGAAUAGCCAAGGGAAGAUUGAAACUGACGCGAAAGUAGCAAGAGAGGCUUCCAGGAUGCUACCUUUAGGUGGGGAAGAAAUUAAUUCUGGUUACAAAGGGUAUGGUUUAGCGCUGAUGGUGGAAAUCUUAUGUGGAAUACUGUCGGGAUCAGCGUAUGGACCAAAUAUCCCUAGAUGGGGAAGUCAUAAGGUCAUAGCCAAUUUAGGUCAAGCUUUCAUCGCGAUCGACCCCAACAAUUUCGUGCCUGAUUUUGAAGGACGACUAACCACACUGAUGGAUUAUUUGAGAAACAUGGCACCCGUUGAAUCGGACAAACCCGUUCUUGUUCACGGUGAUCCGGAAAGAACGCAUAUGUCAGAGGUGGAUAAGAGGGGCGGCCUCUGUUAUGUGAGCAAUCAAUUGGAAGCAAAUGCGCAACUAGCGAAGAGACUAAAAGUAAAACCUAUGGCCUCUACAGUGGAAACUAAGUGAUUUUUUUAAAUCAUUUCUGUUUCACUCAAGAAACUAAAUGUUUUUAAUUUAUGUAUAUAAUGU